AUGUCGGCUCCACCACCUUCAUCACCUAACUCAAUAAAUUCCCGAGAGUUUCUCAACCUCAGCAACCUACAUUCCAUUGUUUGCGACUACGGAAACAAAAUUGAUGUGAAUCAUAAUGAGAUGCAUAAGAUCAAAGAGCAGAUAGGUCAAGAUUUUCUUGUUUGUCGUGUGGAUCAUAUCAGUAUCCCCCACAAGCUGGAAGAUCAUGAUAUGAAGCUUAAAGCUAUUGUUGUGGUGAUGGUUGGCGUGGCGGUGGCCAUACUCGAGAUGAUGGUGGUUGAUCUCAAAGUCGUUACAAAGCUUGCUAAUGGAAAAAGACUUGAGUUGAUUGCAGACGAUAUGCAUGUAAUGUUUUAG